AUGCGCCAUGACUACCAGUACUUGACGGCCGUCUGCUUUGUCGACUUCGUUGCAGCGUUUGAUUCCGCUGAUCAUGAGUUCCAGUGGCUAAUAAUGGAACUAGAUGGAGUACAAACAGAAAUCAUUGCCAUGAUAAAGGCCUACUAUGACUCCACCAAUGCGCGAGUUCUGGUCCACAACAAUAUCCCCAUCCUUUCGAUAUCCAGCCUUGUGGUCGACAACAUGCUUGAGGAACGAAAGAUGUCUGAUGACGAGCUCUGUCUUCGGCUUGCAGCUGAAGCUUCACGUGGCGGCAGGCCGUAA